CCAUCUCUGUCGCUUCUUUUCUGUCAGACACCGAAUGUAAGUGAAAACCUGCCACUUCAGCCAUGAAGGCGACGGAGGAAAGCUGCGUGGACUCGCCGGUGAUUCUCCGGCAGGUCAAAGAUCUGCUCCACAAACCGGCGCACGGAGGCGAGGAUGCCCCGGAGACGCAAGACGAAAGCAAGUACGUCGAUCUGGACUUGGCGGAUGUGAAGACAGGUGGGACAAAAGCCGAGAAAGACUGUCGCUUUGGUAAAAGAAACCAAAUGUCUGUCCUUAUUAGCAGCAGCAGCGGCGGAGCUCCGUGCGCCACGGAACCAAACCACGAGCUGGUGAUUAAAACCGGGACUGAAACUAAAGCUAAAGAGGAUUCUGGACUUGGGGAAUGUGCAGAGGCUACCAUGGAGGGUCCCUCUGAUCCACCGUCGUCAUCAGUUCCUAAUUAUCUUAAGGCAAAGUCUGAGGAGUGUCUCAAAUCGGGACAGAAAAGCGAGCGCGCCAUUGCGCAGCCGGAGGUGUCCAAAAAAGAAGAGGACAAACACACACCGAGGGAUGAAGAGUUACACUGCGGGGGGGACAACCUGAGCGGGGGAAGUGAGUCGGAGGACUAUGAGGAGGAGGAGGAGGAGGAGGAGGAGGAGGAGGAGGAGGAUGGUGUUAGUUUGGUGCUUUCUGAUGACUGCGUCCCGUGCGUGACGGAGGACGAGUCCCAUUACAUUACCACGCACGAGAUCCAGCUCUCGGAGCUGUCUGACCAUGAGGGGGACUACGAGGUGGGCUCCUCCACCAGCUGGGACAUCGAGGAUGCCAACCAGGUGUACUCUUUUGUCGAUUACGCUUCUUUUGCGGGUGAUGGAGCCGUGGGGGAGAGGGGGGACGGCCGCCAGAGCCGCUCUCAGGGCGCAGCAGCGGCAGCGGCAGCAGCAGCAGAAGUCAGCACUCUGCUUGAAAGUGAUCCGGCCAAGUUCACCAGCUCAGAUGAGAGUGUGUCAAAGUCCCAGCGGCAGCAGUGCAGUGGCAACGGCGGGGGACAGAUCCACCUGUCAAUCAGAACCACUUCUCGAGCUAUAAAUGACCCUGGCAACAUCCAAGAACAGGGAAAUAUCCUUUAUCAUGCCAGGCGCUCCGGAGACAUGAGCCGCUAUGUGUUUAGGGGAGUUGAUGGGAAGGCAGAGACGCUGCGUGACAGGGCGAAGUGUUUCAUCGCCGCGCCCGGACGCCUGCACUUUGGCGGCAAAUUGAGGGGGAAAGAGGUCACGGAGUAUUCCAGCGGUGCGUCCAGCGCUGUCAGCGAGCUGGACGACGCUGACAAGGAGGUGCGCAACCUGACAGCCAGAGCCUUCAAGAGCCUGGCGUAUCCUUACUUUGAUGCCAUCAAUUUCAGCACCUCCAGCGAGUCCUCCGCAUCAGAGCACGGGAUAGGGAUAAACAGGUGGUCCACGUUUGUCGACCUGAAAUAUGGCAACAUGAACGUGUCACAGGGACUGGACCAAAGUGUCCGCCAAAACUCAACGGCCUCGUUUGAAAUAGCCAAAAAUAUAGACAAUAGAGGUUAUAAGGGCAUUGCGCUGGCAAGCAUCAAACCGCCCACCAGCAAGAUUUUCACUCUGAGUGGGAAUCCCCACAGCGCAUCUACAAAGAAAAUAGAGCUGAUGGGGAAAUUCAGUCAGGGCCACAGUGGGGUGAUCAGGCUCACUGAGACUCUGAAUUUUCGCUGCAAUGUCAAAUCGGGAAUGUCUGCGGGAGAAAGACGAAGUAGCUUUGCACAAAACGCAGCGGGAUCACGUUCCACAGAUGAAGUUACCAACAGUUUGCCAAGCGGCCAGAGGAGAGGGGCCAGCCAGCCGCCCUCGAAAACCAUGGAAGACACACACAAGAAAGCCAUAUUCGCGUCGAGCCUGAUCAAAAACGUGAUUUCGAAGAAGAUGCAGUUCGAGCAGGAGCGCAAGAUGGAGAGAGGGGAGAUAAGCGAGCCGCAUCAGACGCCGUCCCCGUGCUCCGCGCACCUGCAGGAGGGCGACGCUCACAGAGGGAAGGGGAGCAGGGAGCUGCACAGACAGAGCUCCAAGUUUUCCGAGAGCAGCUCCGACUACGCCAUAAUGUGCCUGGAUGAAUUAGGGGACAUAGUGGACAGCGGCUCAUGUGAUACCAAGAGCGACUCUCGGAGACAGGACGCGGCCGCUCCCGCACCAGAAACUAAUUUGGAGCCGGUAAAUGAGGUCGGAAUCGAUGCUAAAAAAGGCGCAUUGGAAGCGUCCAAAAGCACGCUGCUUCGCAGCCAAAAUAGCGCCUUCAGAUGCUGGAAGGACGAGGAGCUAGAGUUUCAAAAGGAUCAUAAAAACGAUAAAACUCCCGAGGAGAAGCCGCCUUCAGCGUACGACAAAGAGGGAGAGGGGGAUUGGGGCUCAGGGGGCUGCGGCAAACUGACUAAAAUGUCACAUUUGUUUGUGCCGAGUAUCCAACUGCUGUCCAGCGACGGAGAAGCCGGACAGCAGCUGCAGAAGAGGAGUUAUUCUCCAUGUGGAGAUGCAGGAGGGAUAAAACUGCGCUCUGACAACACGUUAUACGUCGCAGACUCCAGGACAGUGGCUACAUCGAAGUCUCCGGAAAUUAAAAUUAACUUAAGGAGGAUCAGGGACAAUAAGACGGAGCCUUUUGGCGUCUCCAAACUGCGCGCUCCUAAUAUAGGCUGUAACGCGGCCAGCCUCAUCAGGACGGACGACUUCAAAUGCCAGGGUCUGGCUGCAGCUUUGAAGGGUGAGUCCUCGGAUAAAGUGCCGCACUUUAUGGUCAGAGACAUUAGAGACAACAAAGGGAAGCUGCAGACGCCCAUUCACCAAGUGAGAGACGUGCGUAAAUUGGUGAAAAGCUCAUAUCACUUUGUUUCUCUGGACAACGAAAAUAAGUCAAACUUGGCCUCAGCUGAGGGCACAGAGCAAAAGAAGCAAAUGCCAAAUCGAAAUCCAAAUUCUGUGUCACCUAUAGUGAUCAAAUGUCAGUCUGUGAACACAAACAGUAACGGAAAACAGUCUGGAAAUGUUGAGUUGUCUAAACGGGAGCCAUUGGACAUAGACAGGUCGUCUCCAGAGGGCGCUAAAGGUGCUCCCCCGCAAUGGGCAGCAGGGAGAGCACCCAUGGGUGCCACAAAUAAUUCCUCAGAGGGAGGCAUUGGGUUGAGAAUCGAAAGCAGAAUAGCUCCAAGAAAACAGGAAAAAAUAUCAGAUGUCACAGAAAAGAAGCCUGAAUCGAAACUGACGAACCAGGUAGCUUUGGAAAAACUCCAGGCUGCAGUGAAAACCAUGGAGCAGCUUUAUGUGUUUGAGAAAAACGAAUGGAAAAGGAAGAAUGAGCUGCAGCCCCUGACAGACAGCCACGUGCUUUCACUGCUAGCCAGCGAGGAGCAUGGAGGAGGACCUGAGGAGGAAGGGUCCAGAGGGUUCAACAUGGACAACAAGGCUGGAAGAAGAGACUCCUACCCCAACACGGACAAGGUGUCAGCAGGGGUCGCAGCGUCCCCCAGCAGCAGUGAGAGUCUGCUGAGGCGGGAAGACAAAGACCUGUUCAAGGCCCUUCAGAUGUCCAGUAGCCGUGACGGUGGCCUGGUUGCUAAGUCAGUGCAAACCACUGGUACCACAGGCAGCAAAAACAUGUUCAGCCUCAGCUCCAGCCUUAAGGCUUCUGCAACAGCGAAGGUGACCCAGCCAAGCAUCGUCACGCAAACACCUUUCAGCGUCAAAAAUUUUGUCCCAAAGUCCCCCAAACUGCCCGUGUCGUUAAAAAUCAGCCAGUCGAAGGUGAGUGGAAACGAAGGAGCUGAAUGGAAGGAGGUGGACAGGUCGUCUCAGGAGUUUCCAGGCGCCUCAGCUGACAACUACCUAACCAUACCGGUCAAAUCUCACGCCAGCAGCAGUAAACAAGCACAGUGUGCUGAUAAAACAUCAGUGUAUACAUCCACCACUCAGCCACACCCAACCACCCCUCCAGGACACUUGGUAUCCGGUGCCAGGGGCCAGGAGGACCACAACCAGACCGCCAAACGCUCCAGCAUUGUGAUGGAGACAUGCACACCAGAGAUCCCUUCUGCUACCAUCUACCACUCCCUUCCGUUGGGGAUGUCUGCCAAUCAGCCUCAGGUGUACUGCUUCUCCCCAGCAAUCACCCCUGCUCCCACCCUAGACCCCUUCCAGGCCACUCAGAGGAAGAUGCUCCUGGAUCCCACCACGGGAAACUACUAUCUGGUGGACACCCCCGUGCAACCGGCCACCAAGCGCCUGUUUGACCCAGAAACAGGCCAAUAUGUAGAUGUGCCCAUGCCGCAGCCUCCCAUGACCCCUGUGCCCAUGCCGAUCUCACCCUUGGCCCUCAGUCCAGGAGCAUACGGACACACUUAUAUGAUCUACCCGGGCUUCAUGCCCACGCCCUCGGUGAUCCCGGCCCGGACGCUGGUGCAGUCACAGAUGUCAGUGCAGUCGGAGGCGGAGAGUGGAGAGAAAGCGUCGUCGCAGCAGACGGAGGGUAUGUACAUGGAGAGUCCCUUCUACAUGGCAACUGGAAAAUCUCCCCAGGUGGCGUCUGGAGCUCAGCAGCAGGCCUCCACCAACAGGCCGCAGCAGGGUUUCUCUGGCGUCAAGCAGCCAGUGAUCAGCAUCACCUCGCAGCAGGGGCCCCGGAUCAUUGCCCCGCCAUCGUUCGAUGGGACCACCAUGAGCUUCGUGGUGGAGCACAGAUAAACAGCAGCUCACCCAGACAGGGCUGAACUCUGACUGGACGCUGGACGUGAAGAUGUGUGUGUGUGUGGCCUGUGUUUCCUGCUUUGUUUUAUCUCAUCACAUUGUGAAAAUUUGAAAGACGUAAAAAACAUCGGCCUGUGUUGUAUUUGCAUUGACUUUGCCAGCAAAGUGGUUCUCAAACUUUUUCUCGAAGCUGUAAAAAAAGAUCACGCCCCUCAAACCACAGUUGUUAUCACUCAUUAACAAUGAUGGGGGGAAGCAAACGGUUAAAAGAGGAUCCAAGCUGAGCUGUAGUUAAAUAACUUUCAGCACAUACACAGCACAUAAAUCAUAUUUAUUCAUCUUAUCUCUCCUCUUUACUUCCCCCCCAUUCACCCAGGCUCACCCUGCAGUGGCUCUGUGCCCCCACAAGGGGGGGCCCCCCCACCACCUUCCCCACUUUGAGAACCACUUCACUGAAAAAUGUUGCUUUUUAACAGGUCAGAUUGUGUAGAGUUUGGGAUUGGGUAAUGUGUCGUAGACGAUAAGGUCAUUUGUGUUAUCCAUAUAUUUGGCCAAUGAAGUGCCCUGUCUGGUGGGCUGGAUUUCAUUCUUGUGUCUUGACACUUGCUAAAAAAAAAAGUGUUAUUAUUACAACACUGCUAAUUUAAUGUGUGUACUGAACCUGUACAAAGGUAGACAUCCUACAGAUCUCUCACCAUGCACAUGUCCUGCAUAUGAAGCAGAACAUUCAAACAAUUUAUGAACAAUGUGUGUACAUAUAACACAGUACAGCAUGAGCAUCUUUUAAAGUUUUUUUUUUUUUUUUUUAAAUCUGGUGACCACUUGGAGUCAGUUUGUGCUGAGCUCAGAUCAGAUUUCUUCACUUUUCUCUGGUCACACCAAAAUAAAACUCCUCCUCCUUUUCACUGGAAGUUAAAAAAGAUGAUUUCUGGAUCAUAUUCAGCGGGCAAAGCAAAGAGAGACCUGUAGCAUGACUCAGCUGUGUGAUCUGCAAACUGAUUUACCUUUUAGCCCCAUUCAAUGUGUAUUUCUAUGUGUGUCACUGUUUCUAAGUGACUAUAUUGACACUGAGUUGAUUGUUUUGUAUAUAAUAGUUCACAAACUGUGGAUCUGCUGGUCAGUCCAUUUUUUUUUUUUUUUUUCAUUUUUAAAUAACUAACACCUAGACACAUAGAACCAAAACCAUCUGCAUGUCCAUAUACCACCAGAAAUUAAUAGGAAAAUAUGUUUUUUGUAAUUUGGGUGAAUGGACCCUUUAAAACCCUUUAAAAGAAGAAGAAAUCUGAAUAAAAUUGUCAGAUUUCCGAUUGUGUGCCAAAAUAAAAUAUGAAAUGACCUCGUUGUGUGUUAUAGAGGUUUGCAGCACAGGUAAAAAAUAUAAUCACUUUUUAAUUCUGUUUACAAAUCUGAUGUGAUGCAAGUGUUCCAAAAACCAUCUGCUUAAAACUCCACUGUGUAAUCUACCUUUCUCUUUAUUUACAAUUUGUCUUUUCAAACUCAUCACUGACAGGGUUAGGUCUUUUCAAUUAUUAUUUAUUCAGGAAAUGGUAAAAUCUUUCAUUAUGUUGUUUUGUGGUUGUUGCAGGUCACACUGCAGCUUUACUCUGCCCAAAACAUGUUUUUUUAGAGAAGUGAAAUUUUCUAUAAGUGUAAAUACUUUUUUUUCUCACAGGUUUGGGGAGGACCUGAUGCCGUGAGGCUUCACUGAAUGAUUCUGGGACUUUGGUGUUUCAGAUUUUUUGUUGCAGAGGUUUUGAAGCAGGGUGACUCUGCUGCUUGGAAACUAUGAAAUGAGCAUGGGCAGUAAAUGUUGUGAAGGUAAAAGGAAGUAGUUUUAUCAUGGAGAGAAAAGCCAAGGAUGUUUAAGACUUUUGGGAAAAAAGUGAUGAGUGCACAGUGGGAGGGGGGCAGGGACUCAGGUGGAGAGAGAAAUGAGAAUGUUUUUUUUUUGUCCAAAAUUAAAAUAUGAUGACAAAUUUUAGGUUUUUCACUUUGAUGUGUUUUGCAAAUGUACAGUGUCACAAACGCUGAAAGGGAUGUUACAUUAUGUAUUGUUUGUAAAUGUGUUUGUGGGCUGUGAAAGUUCAAUAAACAUGAAACCAUUUUGCAAAA